AUGAUCCUGACUGUCCUGAUAAUAUCUACUACUGCAGAUGACAAAUCCUACAAGGUACUCAAGUUUGGGAGCACUAUGGGAGAUUUUAUCAAGUUUAAACCCAACAUGCAACCCUUCUCCGGAGCGUUUUCAGUGUGUUCUUGGAUAAGGAAAUUAAGAGUUGGACCCGGCCCAACCUGGUUCUCGUACGCAAUUAGCAAUUCAAAUCACAACGAGAUUUUCAUUGAGGAUGACGGAGCCGAAAACAUCAUAUUCUAUAGUUAUAACAAAAAUGUAAAAAGUCAGGCUGGUGUUGCAGUAGGAGAGUGGUUUCAUUAUUGUUUAUGUUGGAGUCUUGCUUCCCUGACAGCCACAAUUCACCACAACGGCAGACAAACAGGUUCCUUCUCAACUCCUUCAGGAAGGAGACUGACUGCAGAUGGAUAUCUUGUUUUGGGGCAAGAUCAGGAUUCUUACGGUGGAUCAUUUCAAUCCAGUCAAGCUUUCGGUGGUGAACUUUACAAGUUAAACGUCUUUUCCACGAAGCUGAGUUCAUCUGAAGUGAGCAAACUUUACACAGCUGAACCAGACAGAGACACAGUUGAACAAAACGGAGACAAAGCUGAACCAAAAAGAAGUGCAACUAAAGCGCUGAUAUUCCUUAAAAUAACACGAGUCCCGAAAGAAGCAGAAAUGAUCAUACAGCUGAUGUUGAUGACGGUAGUAGCUACCACUUGUAGUACCGCCUUGGUGUCACCUUUCGACAAGGGAGUUAUGGGCAAGGUUUCCAAACAGUUCUUACAGGACUUUACGGACGAGGUGGCCGACAGAAUAUCUACACAAUUGAAGGGAAAAUCAUUCAGUGGAAGUGACAGUGGAAGUGGCCAUUCGUUCAAGUACUGGGGAGUGAGAGUAACCACCCUCACCCUCAACCCCUCCAUCACCCUCCGUGGAACAGGUCAACUUGUUGUGGACGCGAGUAUUCGAGGGACUAUAAGAGCCUCAGGGAGCUGGAGUUACAACAAGAGGUCCUGGUGGUACUCCGUGACAUUUGGUGGAGGAGUUCAAGUUAGCUCAAAUGGGUUUAGUAUCUCAGACAGGGUCAAUCUUGGGGUAAAGUCGAACGGAAAAGUUGGGUUCUCACAUGACUCGGGUUCUUGUAGGUCGAGUAUGGGAUCUCUCGACAUUAACAUUUCAGGUUCCUGGUACGCCUGGCUUCUUAACUUCAUUGUGUGGAUCUUUGAAAAGGAUCUGAAGAGAGAUUUGGAGAGAUCUAUUUGCGAGAAAGUGAAUGAAGUGGUGGGUGAAGCUGCAGCUAACUUCGACAAUGCAAUGUUCAACCAGGACUUUUCGAUGCCAUUACAAUCAGGAGGAGAACUGAAAGUGGACUUAAACCCGUCAGUUAUAACAGGGGGACCUAGCUGUGCUGUUAUCUCUACACCCGCAGUUAUAGAACUGACAGGAGUACCAGACACCACACAAAUUGUCACACCUCCCUUUAUCCACCUCCCUGCCACCGAGGAACCAGCUAGAAAGAAGAGACGGGCUAGAGACUGGUGUGGAGUGGUUCCAGGUCCUAACAGUGGGGUCUCCAUCAUCCUCACGAAGGACCUCAUCUCUAGAGGCAUCCAGAACCUACACCACUUCGACUUACUCAAGUUUUCUUUGGUAGAGACAGGCACUGAGGGGAGUAGAACGACUUUCGAUGUGUUGCGCAAUGGCCAGCGUAUAGAUACAGUGAGUGUAGAGUUCCCUGAAAACGAGGGACGGAUCCUGGCUGGAUUUAACAGGAAGACCGUGAAGAUCAGCAGCACUGCACUCCCGGAAGUAAGCAUCACCGACGACCGUAUCUCCGUAUUGGUUCACCUCAGAGCACGGCUCACUCUGAGCAGUGAUGACCCGAAACUUGAGAUUAGAACGGAGUUCGAGUCCCUGACUAAUUGGAUAGGAACAAUGAGGAUGGUAAAGAAGGACGGGGGAUACUCGCUAGUCCCCAACGUGACAGCAAAUGUAGAUAUAUGGACUGGGAAACUCUACAUUGGAGCGGAGAUGGACGGAAUGACGAUGUCCGAACAAAGGAGACUGGAGGAGGAUAACUUGAUACUGGAAGGGAUCGAGAGUCUCCUCAACUCGGUGCUGGAGGAGAAACUGGCGAGGGUGCUGGAGGACGAUUUGCAGAGUGGGAUCCCUCUAAACAUCCCUGAGGAGUAUAUGACAGUGGGGAGGGCAGAUAUCAGUUACAGAGAGGAUUAUAUCAUCGUAUCUGCUGAUGAUAUCACCAUCAACCUUCAGUAG